ACAUUAUAUCGCUUCCAAUGUUAUCAUCAAUAGAAACAGAUAGUAGCGCCACAGUGUCAUCGGUUAGAAGUAAGAUUAAUACAUGGAAUAUGAAACAUGUAUACACGUAGUAAUAUUUAAAAAAUAUUUUUUACGUUGUUUUAAUCUAAACGAUAUAUUUUAUGAAUAAUUGAAAGAUGAAAUAAUUAAAUCGUGCUUCAUUUUUUUUCGAUAACUGUAAAUUAUUAUUCACAGAAUAAUUAUAUAAAAGUGUGCAUUCCUCGAUUGCAUUGAAGCAUGAAAAAAUACAAGAGUAAUGCGGAAAUAUAGGACCGACGAAAGUAUUUUAAUCCGAGUUUCAAGGUUUUCUCUGCACGAUUCGAGGUUUUCAAUUUUAUCAUGUUAAAUAUGUAGUGCGAUCCGGUAGAUUGAUUUUAUAUACUUAUACAAACUGUACGAUGUUUGUACCAUAAAAUCGGUAAAAUUUGUAGUAGGAGGUAGUAGCGAAGCAGAUGGUAAGGUCAACGUUAGGACAUCUUCUUCGACGAGGGAGCGCUACGAUCUCAUGGCAUCAGCCGAGUUGGGUCAUGGCUGCGAAGAUUCUACUCUAUUGUCUCUUUUCUUUUACAACAUGAGCAACAAAAACGCGAAUGUCUACGUAUAUACACAGAAUGUAUGUGUAAAAAUACAUAGACAUUAACAAGGUAAAACAUUAAGACGUGUGAAAUGAACUGCGUUCAUCGAUCAAAUAUGAUUUUUUUUUUUCAAACCAUCAACGCCGAUGCACCUGUCCUCAACGAAGGAUCAAAAUUUCGCCAAGUCAUAAAUCGAACAGCUGAAUUUUCGUAGAAUCAUCGAUCAUACUUUGAAACAUGCGGAAGAGCUUCAACUCACGGAUCAAGUACACCUGUCGUAUGUUCUUUUAAAAUGUAGCCACAAAAUAAUAGGACCUUUUUUGUCAAAGGCAUCAGGCAUCUAUCAAUGAAAAAAAUAUUAAAGAAAAGAAAAACAAGAAGUUAGUUUAUCCUUCCUUCUCGUUUACUGAUUUUUUCUCGAUUAUGGCCGUUUUAUCUCCAUCUUACUUCCGGCAUUUUUAUUAUAGGGAAUGAGGAUACUAUAAUGCUGUAUUUUUUUAUUCCAUCAUUCUCCCAUUUCAAAAUUGAAAAAAAAUUUGUAGUAUCUACGAUUUCUUGCUUUCUGGACGAGAUAGUAAUGUACGACCUUACCACAAUGUUCGAGUAUAGCGAUGCAUAUUACCGCUCUUACCCCUUGACCCCUCUCGUCGUAUUUUACCGCGUGACACCCCCAGUCUCGCCCUUUCACCCUACCAUACAUAGUCCUGCGCUCGCGCCUACCUCCGACCCAGAAAGCUCAUCGUAAGGCCGCCUCAUCCCUACGGUGGAGGUGGUGCUAGCGAUGGUAGGUGUUGGUGGUAGUUGACGGACGGACAAAACCGACACCCCACGAACGUGUGUGUGCGCGCGCGUACCAACUCCCCUCUCACCUGGCUGUUCGUUGCGCUCGUUCAUGGCCCGUCAGUCUAUCGGUAGCCUGCGUACCAGUUGUGUCGCGGUGCUCGUGUAACAACGUCGUUAUUAUCUUUACUUAUAUAUAUAUGUAUAGAUAUAUAUAUAUAUACAUACAUAGAGAUAUAUAAAUAGAGAUAUAUAUAUAUAUAUAUACACAUAUAUAUACACAUACAUAUACAUUUUGGCGUUCCGUUGGCUCGUUUUUAUAACGACUCGCCUUACUACACUUUUGAACGUCCCGUUUUUACGUCCACGCGCGUUCACAUUGGAAGGAAAUAUCAGUACCCACGCCUACAUUAUCAUCGUUUGUCUUGUUCGUUCUGAUCGUCGUUAAUAGUAAGUCCACCAACUACCCCAUUUGGAAAGUUGCGCGCGCGUCCUUAUCUCGCGCUUUUCUGCUUUUAUGCACGAAACGUCCUCCUCCUCCUCCUCUACGUCGUCGGCAUCGUCGUCGUCGUCGUCGUCGUCGUCGUCGUCGUCGUCGUCGUUGUCGUCGUCGUCGUUGUCGUCGUCGUUAACGGAGUUGCGACAAGAGAGAAAGAGAGAGAGAAAGGGAGACUUGCGAAAAUCUGGUUAAUAACAAGAGAGAGAUAUUUGGAUACCGUAUGUGCUCGCUCGAAAAGAAGAAUAUCGCCGUUAAUUGAGGUGGAAGAAACGAAAGGUGUUCUUCGAAUGUGUACGGAAGUUGCAACGUCAUCAGGGAGAGUAAUGAUCGGAAAAUAAUCGGUGGUUCCAAACGUUGAAAAAUACAACAAUAGAUUGUCAAUUUAUUUGCUCUUCUUUUCAGCAUAUCAAAUAGUUUUUUAAGUUAAGUCAGAAGGAGAGGAGAAACAUAGAGUGCACACACCGUGCGCGUGUGUUCGUAUGUGUGGUGUGUAUCGAUUGCUCGAAAAUAGACGCGUGGGAACACCUGCAGGCUACAUAGACAUUCGCGGACCCUCUCGUCCAUCCAUCUCGUCUCUCUCUUUCUCUCGUGGACAUCGCUAACCUCUCCCGUCUCCGUAAUCAGGCUCUCUCGUUCUAUCUUAAAGACCCUUAGAGCGAGCGCGUGACAGGUGCAUCGGUGACGACGGUGGCAGUAGCACCGCGACUUGCUUGGUCCUCGGCUGUCGUUGUUAUCGUUGGUGGUGGUUGCGGUGGAGGUGGUGGUGCAGGUGGUGCUAGUGCUGGUGCCAUCGUUGUUUCGUUUGGUGGAGGAGAUCGGUUGUUGGUAGUGUUGGUAGUGGUGGUAGUGCUAGUGGAGGUGGACGUAGUAGUGGUGGUGGCGACGGCAUCAGCGGCGACGGAGGAGGAGGAGGAGGAAGAAGAAUUAGAAGAAGAAGAAGAAAAAGAGGAAGAAGAGGAUAAAGCAAAGAAGGAGACGCAUCGUAAGAAGCGGAAGAAGAAGUGAACGAAGGGGAAUUAGAAAGAAAAGGAAGUGGAGGAAGCGGAAGUGGGCGGCAGUGAAGGAGGACGAGGAGGAGGAGGAGGAGGCGGUGGUGGUGGAGGUGGGAGAGGGGGAGGUGGCAAAAGGGCCGAUUUUUUCUCCUCGAAAGUUUACUUCCACCGAUACGUCCUGGAGGCGCCCGUCGUCUUCGCCGGUUCAACCAUAACGCCUCCCGCUUUAAAACGCCCGAGACGGGAUACGGUGGACUCCUCACCGCCACCCGCUCGUACCGCAGCUUCCGGUAAACCCGGACCGUCUGGCAAAUUAGCCUGCACGAUGGACGCGCCGCUCUCUCAGAGCAUGGACUCCGUCAACACGGUGGCCACCGGUGAGGACGAGGUGCGCACGCUGUUCGUGAGCGGCUUACCGAUGGACGCCAAGCCUCGAGAACUGUACCUGCUGUUCAGAGCAUACGAGGGUUACGAGGGAUCGUUGCUGAAGGUUACGAGUAAAAAUGGGAAGACGGCGUCGCCGGUGGGCUUCGUGACUUUCCAUACGAGGGCUGGUGCAGAGGCGGCCAAGCAAGAUCUACAGCAGGGGGUUAGAUUCGAUCCUGAUAUGCCACAAACCAUACGUUUGGAAUUUGCAAAAAGUAACACAAAGGUUAGCAAACCCAAGCAACCAGCCGCUGCAGCAGCCACCUCGCACCCUGCUCUGAUGCACCCUCUAACUGGACACAUAGGAAGCCCAUUUUUCCCCGGUGGUCCUGAACUAUGGCAUCAUCCAUUGGCGUAUUCAACAGCUGGAGAAUUACCAGGCGCUCUACAACAUGCAACGCUGGUGCAUCCAGCGUUACACCCUCAGGUCCCCGCUCCUAUGUCUUUACCACAUCCAACGACUUUAACAUCAAUACACGCAUCGCUGCCACAUUUCUUACCAUCACCGGCAUUAGCGUCACCCGUUGGAUCGCCGUCAUCACAGCCGAAUAUCGCAGUUAGCAACGCUCCGUGCUCCACCCUGUUUGUCGCUAAUCUCGGUCAAUUUGUGUCCGAACAUGAGCUCAAGGAUAUCUUCAGCAGUUUCCCUGGUUUCUCCCGGCUUCGUAUGCACACGAAGGGAGGGUCACCGGUGGCCUUCGUCGAAUAUCAAGACGUACGCUACGCGGCACAGGCGAUGUCCACUCUCCAGGGGUCCCUUCUCCUCUCCUCCGACCGAGGAGCGAUAAGAAUCGAAUAUGCAAAAUCAAAAAUGGCCGAGGUGGGCUUUACAAAUCUCUGGAUCGAAGGAUCAAAGAGAGAAGAAAACGGGCAACCUUAAGAUCGACAUUAAUGGCAUAUAAGAAGAAAAACAAGAGAAAAACGGCAUAUUCUUACGGAGAAGGGGAAAAAAACGCAGGCGUUCAUAAUGAAUUGGAAGAUUUCGCUAUGGUACAACAACACGAUGACAAACAACAGGAAACACAGCACAACAAGAACAAGAAGAACAACGAUAAUGGGAUAUAUAUCUGGCGUAAAAAAUUUCCAUCUUAAUGUGGAAAAUAAAAAUAUAUAUAGGCGCGUAUUAACGUAUCGUAAAGAAUAAAAAUAGCAGACGCACAUACAUAUACACAUACACAUACAUAUACAAAUAAACGCGAAAUAAAACAGGGAUUUACACGUAAAUACAGAGAAGAAGCAAAAAAAUGGAGAGAUAUGAAAAUACGAAUCACGAGGACGGGGUGAGGAGAGUCGUUCCACCUUGAUCCGAGCAGCACCAAUAGAUAAAUUUUGUAAUUUAUUCGGCGCAAUGGCGUUGGUUCGCGUCUCGCCGGGGGCCCAAUAAUCGUGUAUUCCUAGGUAUACAUAAUAUUUUUAAAGGAUUUAUCUUACCGAUUCGUAGCCGUGCGUUUUUCCCUAUUUUUUUUAUUUUUUUCUAUUUUUUUUUUUUUUUUUUUAUUUUCACUGGAUUUUACAUCAGGAUGGAUGGACGACGACGAAGUGAAAGAGGAGAGUGAGAAAAAGAAUAAAUUCAGGCUGCGUGAGAUGAAGAGAGAAUGUGCGCGAGAAAGAAAGAUAAAGAGAAAGAGAGAGAGAGAGAGAGAGAGAGAGAGAGAGAGAGAGAGAGAGAGAGAGAGAGAGAGAGAGAGAGAAAGAGAGAGAAGAAAAUGAAAAGACGAAACUAGAAAGAGAUGAACGAAGGUAACAGUCGACGAUAGAAGCAAGUAGAGACGAAGGAUCCGCAUAUCGGGGAGUAUGUAAUUGAAGCUAAUUAAAGCUAAUUAUUAAAGAGCAAAACCACGCUUGUGCAUAGCCUUGUUGUCGAAAGACGAUCGGUUCGUAUUAUAAAUAAUAUAAAGAAGACAAGAUGACACUUACAAAGAAAAAGAAAAAAAAAAGAAUAACGGAGAUAUGACACACCGAAGAGCACAUAUAAUUUAUUUGCACGUCGCGCACAGAAGAUCGAGUAAGAUUCUCCUUAGGAGAUAAUUCGUGCCUCAAAAUGCCGGCGACGACGCCUCGACAGGAAAAAAAGACAGGAAAGGAAGAAAAACGCAACGAGCGUGUGCGCGCUGUCGUCUUGAUAAAAAAAAAGAAAGAAAUUGCGACAAAGAGAGACGUAUGAGUAAAACAAGAAAAAACAAAUAGAAUAAUUAUAUUAUCCAAUAAUAAUAUUAAUAUAUAUUAAUAAUAAUAAUAAUAAUAUUAAUAAUAAUAAUAAUAAUAAUAAUAAUAAUAAUAAUAAUAAUAAAAAUAAUAAUAAUAAUAAUCAAGCGCUCGCGCAAGUAACGCUAUCCUUCGCAGCUUUUUACUUGAGACUAUAAGAAUUAAAAAGAGAGAAAAAGAAAGAAUAAAAAAUAGGUUUUAUACAAGAUGGUUAUCGUCGCCAUUGAACAAACGAUCUCUGUAAAUAAUGAUUUUUAAGACGAACGACGAAGGAACGUUUUCGGUCGAUGCUUUCGAGAUGACUAAUUAGCGCGCGCGCACACGAACACAAACAUACAUCUUUUAUGGACGAUGUUGGUGAAGAGAGAUAAAAGAAAAAAAUAAGAGGAACAAGCGUCGAAGGCUCGUAGAUGAAGUUACGUAUUUAUUAUACAAAGCGGUGAAAGGAAGAUGAGUUAUGUACAUCAAGCUUAAUACCAAAGGUGCCCUAAGAUGCGUGUAUUUAUGUUUUAUUAUCGGCGGGUUGCGAAGGUGCGAGCCACAUGCGUUGCAUGAAUAUGUAUCUUGUUGAUAGGUGUGCAUCUAUUCACAUAGAAUGGAUAAAACGAAAGAACGUGGGUGUUCAGGUGGGAUGUUUAAAAGGAUGAUGUUGGUAAGGGAAGGGAGGUGUGUAAUGAAAAGAAAAUAUAAAAAAUAGGAGAAAAAGGACGAAAGAUUUAAUACGGCUUAGCGAAAGAGAGGGAGAGAAAAAGAAAGAGAGAGAGAGAGAGAGAGAGAGAGAGAGAGAGAGAGAGAAGGGGGGUGGAAGAGAGAUAGGAAGAAGGAGAAAAAUUAUAAAAAAUCGAACGAGUAUUAAGUGAUAACCUUAUUCAUAUACAUAACGAAUGUGAACAUAUCAUAGGAUUAGGCAAUUAGGCAAGGGCAAAGAAAAAAAUUGAGAAACGUUAUUAUACGAUCUGUUGUCGU